GGGCCGGGCAGCGCCGCCGUAGGAGCCGCCGCUGAGCCCCAGCGAGCGGGCGAUGGGCGGUUGCUGCUGCCAGCCCAGCCGCGCUCUCCUGCUGCUCCUGGCGCUCGGGGUGCCGCGGCUGGAGGGCGCAGCGCCCGGGCACCGCGGGCCGUGCGCGCUGGGGCCCGCGGCCGGGACGCGGCUGAUGCUGCUGGACCGGUCCCGGCCGCCGCCGCGCUGCGCCCUCUGGCUCUGUCCGGCAGGUGCAGCCGGCCUCUGGGCGCACAUGGCCGGGCAGGGCUGCGGGGCUGCCGGGGAGAGGGAGCUGCUGAGCCGGCUGCUGCUGCCCCAGGCUCCUGGGGACAGGAGGUGGAGCUGGGCGCUGUGCUUGGAGCCCGGCUCCCGCAUCCCCCUGCCGCCCGCGGCCGCUUGGGGAGGCUGCCAGCCGCGGUGCAGGGUGCGGGGCGCCGGGGGGAGCCUCUCCCCCCAGGCCUCGGGGGAGCUGAUCCUCCCCGUCCGGGCCAUGUGUCUCCGGUCGGGGCACCCGGUGCGCUUGGGGCUGCUGUGCGAGCGGUGCGCGAAGGGGGACGGGGCGGGGGGGCUCAGGCAGGGGAGGGGCGCUAGGACCUUGGUCAACUGGAGUCUGGGUCUGAGCUCCCCUGGGCAGCAGGUGGUGCUGGGGAAGCUGCUCCAGGGUGCGGACGGGGCCCCGGGCCGGGGGAGCAGCCGGAGGAAGCGGAACGUCAACACCAGCCCCCAGUUCCAGCCGCCCACGUACCAGGUGUCGGUGCCAGAGAACAGGCCAGCCGGCACCCCGGUGAUCUCGCUGCAGGCCACGGACCCCGACGCGGGCGAGGCGGGCCGGCUGCACUACUCCAUGGCGGCUCUCUUCGACAGCCGCUCCAGCAGCUGCUUCGCCAUGGACCCCCUGAGCGGGGCCGUGAGCACGGCCGAGGAGCUGGACCGUGAGACCAAGAGCACCCACGUCUUCCGGGUGACGGCCGUGGACCAUGGCACGCCCCGGCGCACAGCCCUGGCCACGCUCACCAUCCUGGUGAGCGACACCAAUGACCACAGCCCCACCUUCGAGCAGCAGGAGUACGAGGAGAGCGUGCGGGAGAACCUGGAGGUCGGGUACGAGGUGCUGACAGUCAGGGCCACCGACGGGGACGCCACUACCAACGCCGACAUCCUCUACCGACUCCUCGAUGGUGACGGGGCCAACGCAGCCUUUGAGAUCGACCCCCGCUCCGGGGUCAUCCGCACCAAGGGGCUGGUGGACAGGGAGUCUGUGGAGUCCUACCAGCUCCUGGUGGAGGCCAGCGACCAGGGCAGGGACCCGGGGCCCCGCAGCUCCACGGCUACCGUCCACAUUGCCGUGGAGGACGACAAUGACAAUGCGCCGCAGUUCAGUGAGAAGCGCUACAUGGCCCAGGUGCCUGAGGACGUGGCCACCAACUCCCAUGUGCUGCGGGUGACGGCCACGGAUCGGGACAAAGGCAGCAGUGCCCUGGUGCACUACAGCAUCAUGAGCGGGAACACCCGGGGCCAGUUCCACCUCGACGCCCAGACGGGCAGCAUUGACGUGGUCAGCCAGCUGGACUACGAGCUGAGCAAGGAGUACACGCUCCGCAUCCGGGCCCAGGACGGGGGGCGGCCCCCUCUGUCCAACAUCAGCGGGCUGGUGACCAUCCAGGUCUUGGACGUCAACGACAAUGCUCCCAUCUUCGUCAGCACCCCCUUCCAGUCCACGGUGCUGGAGAACGUGCCCCUCGGCUACUCGGUCCUACACAUCCAGGCCGUCGAUGCGGACUCCGGGGAUAAUGCUCGACUGCAGUAUGCCCUGCUGGAGGCCGGCCCCAGGUUCCCCUUCGCCAUCAGCAACAGCACGGGCUGGAUCGUGGUGGCCUCGGAGCUGGACCGGGAGACGGUGGAUUUCUACAGCUUUGGGGUGGAGGCCCGGGACCACGGCAGCCCCCCCAUGGCUUCCUCGGCCAGUGUCAGCAUCACUGUGCUGGACGUGAAUGACAACAACCCCGAGUUCACCCCGAAGGAGUACUCUGUGCGGCUGAACGAGGAUGCUGCCAUGGGCACCAGUGUCCUGACCGUCUCGGCCAUUGACCGGGACGCCAACAGCGUCAUCACCUACCAGAUAGCCAACGGCAACACCCGCAACCGCUUCUCCAUCACCAGCCAGAGUGGGGGCGGCCUCAUCACCCUGGCGCUGCCGCUGGAUUACAAGUUGGAGCGGCAAUACCUGUUGACUGUCACGGCCUCCGACGGCACCCGGCUCGACACGGCCCGGGUGUUCGUCAAUGUGACUGAUGCCAACACCCACCGGCCAGUCUUCCAGAGCUCCCACUACACUGUCAACAUCAAUGAGGACCGGCCGGUUGGCACCACGGUGGUGCUCAUCAGUGCCACAGACGAGGACACGGGGGAGAACGCCCGUAUCACCUACUUUAUGGAGGACAGUAUCCCCCAGUUCCAGAUCGACGUGGACACAGGCGCAGUCACUACCCAGAUGGAGCUGGACUACGAGGACCAAGUGUCCUACACACUGGCCAUCACGGCCCGGGACAAUGGCAUUCCGCAGAAAUCAGACACCACCUACUUGGAAAUCCUGGUCAACGACGUCAACGACAACACACCCCAAUUUCUGCGGGAUGCCUACCAGGGCUCUGUCUACGAGGAUGUCCCGGCCUUCACCAGCGUCCUGCAGGUCUCCGCCACUGACCGGGACUCGGGGCUCAAUGGGAGGGUGUUCUACACCUUCCAAGGUGGAGAUGAUGGGGAUGGGGACUUCAUAAUUGAAUCUACCUCCGGCAUCGUGCGGACGUUGCGCCGGUUGGACCGGGAGAACGUCCCUCUCUACGAGCUACGAGCCUACGCUGUGGACAAGGGCAUCCCGGCCACAAGGACCCCUGUCGACAUCCAGGUGGCCAUCCUGGAUGUGAACGACAACCCCCCGGUCUUUGAGCGGGACGAGUUUGACGUCUUUGUGGCAGAGAACAGCCCCAUUGGCCUGGCGGUGGCGCAGAUCACGGCCAGCGACCCGGACGAGGGCACCAAUGCCCAGGUCAUGUACCAGAUCGUGGAGGGCAACAUUCCCGAGGUCUUCCAGCUCGACAUCUUCUCCGGGGAGCUGACGGCGCUGAUGGAUCUGGAUUACGAGGCCAAGGCAGAGUAUGUCAUCGUGGUCCAGGCCACCUCAGCCCCGCUGGUGAGCCGGGCCACGGUGCACGUCCGCCUGUUGGACCAGAAUGACAACCCCCCUAUGCUGAGAAACUUUGAGAUCCUCUUCAACAACUACAUCACCAACAAGUCCAGCAGCUUCCCCAGCGGGGUGAUCGGCCGCAUCCCAGCCCAUGACCCCGACAUCUCGGACACGCUCACCUACAGCUUUGAGCAGGGCAACGAGCUGCACCUGGUGCUGCUGAACCGCAGUUCUGGGGAGCUGCGUCUGAGCCGGGCGCUGGACAACAACAGGCCCCUGGAGGCCAUCAUGCGGGUGUCUGUCUCAGACGGCGUGCACAGCGUGGCGGCCCAGUGCUCCCUGCGGGUGACCGUCAUCACGGACGAGACGCUGACCAACAGCAUCACGCUGCGCCUGGAGAACAUGUCCCAGGAGCGGUUCCUCUCCCCGCUGCUGCCGCUCUUCCUGCAGGGGGUGGCGGCCGUGCUCGCGGCCCCCCGCCGCCACGUGGUGCUCUUCAACAUCCAGAACGACACGGACGUGCCGGCCGCCCACAUCCUCAACGUCAGCCUGUCGGUGCUGCUGCCGGGCGGGGCCCGUGGGGGGCGCUACGUCCCCUCCCAGGACCUGCAGGAGCGGCUCUACCUCAACCGCACGCUGCUGGCCGCCGUCUCCGAGCAGCGGGUGCUGCCCUUCGACGACAACGUCUGCCUGCGGGAGCCCUGCGAGAACUACAUGCGCUGCGUGUCCGUCCUGCGCUUCGACAGCUCCGCGCCCUUCCUGGCCUCCGCCACCGUCCUCUUCCGGCCCAUCCGCCCCGUCGGCGGCCUGCGGUGCCGCUGCCCCGCCGGCUUCACCGGCCACUACUGCGAGAGCGAGAUCGACCUGUGCCCCUCCGGCCCCUGCGGCCGCAACGGCCGCUGCCACAGCCGGGAGGGCGGCUACACCUGCCGCUGCCACGCCGGCUUCACCGGAGAGCACUGUGAGGUGAAUGCCCACCUGGGCCGCUGCAUGCCGGGCGUCUGCAAGAACGGGGGCACCUGCACCAACCUGCUGGUCGGGGGCUUCAAGUGUGACUGCCCCUCGGGGGACUACGAGAAGCCCUACUGCGAGAUGAGCAGCCGCAGCUUCCCCGCCCACUCCUUCGUCACCUUCCCGGGCCUGCGUCAACGCUUCCACUUCACCGCCACCCUCACGUUCGCCACGAAGGAGCGGAACGGGCUGCUCCUGUACAACGGGCGCUUCAACGAGAAGCAUGACUUCGUGGCCCUGGAGAUCAUCCACGAGCAGAUCCAGUUCACCUUCUCGGCAGGCGAGUCGACCACCACGGUGUCCCCGUCCGUGCCGGGCGGCGUGAGCGAUGGCCAGUGGCACACGGUCCGGCUGCGGUACUACAACAAGCCCGUCAUUGGGAAGUCGGGGGUGCCCCAGGGCCCCUCGGAGCAGAAGGUGGCCGUGGUGACGGUGGAUGACUGCGACGCGGCUGUGGCCCUGAAGUUUGGCCAGGUGCUGGGGAACUAUUCCUGCUCCGCGCAGGGGACGCAGUCGGGCACCAAGAAGUCCCUGGAUCUGACGGGCCCCCUGCUCCUGGGGGGGGUCCCCGACCUGCCAGAGAGCUUCCCGGUGCGCAACCGGCAGUUUGUGGGCUGCAUCCGGAACCUGCUGAUCGAUAAUCGCCAGCUGGACAUGGCUGACUUCAUCGCCAACAAUGGCACCGUGCCGGGCUGCUCUGCCAAGAAGAACGUCUGUGACAGCAACACCUGCCACAAUGGGGGCACCUGCGUCAACCAGUGGGACACGUUCAGCUGCGAGUGCCCCCUGGGCUUUGGGGGCAACAACUGCAGGCAAGAGAUGGCGAAUCCCCAGCGAUUCCUGGGCAGCAGCCUGGUGGCCUGGAGUGACCCGGCCCUGAGCAUCUCGCUGCCCUGGCACAUGGGGCUCAUGUUCCGCACCCGCCAGGCCCACGGCGUCCUCCUGCGGGCCCUGGCUGGGCAGCUCUCCACCAUCACCCUGCAGCUGAGCGAGGGGCACGUGCUGAUGAGCGUCGCCCAGCCUGGCGGCCGUGGCUGGGCGCUCCAGCUGCGCCAGGUGAAGGUGAACGAUGGCGGCUGGCAUCACUUGCAGCUGGAGCUGCGGCCCGGGCGGGAGAGCGCGGAGGCCGAGGGCCUGGCUGUCCUGUCCCUCGACUACGGCCUGCACCAGGUGCUGGAGGUCGUCGGCAGCGAGCUGCAGGGGCUGAAGCUGGGGAACCUGAGCGUGGGCGGCGUGGCGGGCGCGGGGGGCCGGGUGCAGCAGGGAUUCCGCGGCUGCAUGCAGGGGGUGCGGAUCGGCGAGACGUUGGCCAGUGCCGUGGCCCUGAACGUGAACCAGGCUGAGCGGGUGAGCGUGGAGCACGGCUGCAGCAUCCCUGACCCCUGCGACUCCAGCCCCUGCCCGGCCAACAGCUACUGCAAUGACGACUGGGACAGCUUCUCCUGCAGCUGUGACCCAGGUUAUUAUGGAGACAGCUGUGCCCACGUGUGUGCCCUCAACCCCUGUGAGCACCAGGCCACGUGCACUCGCACGCCCAGCGCCCCGCACGGCUACAUCUGCGAGUGUCCCCCCGGCUACUUCGGCCCCUACUGCGAAAACAAGAUCGACCAGCCGUGCCCGCGGGGGUGGUGGGGGCACCCCACAUGCAGCCCCUGCAACUGUGACGUCAGCAAAGGCUUCGACCCCGACUGCAACAAAACCAGUGGGGAGUGUCGCUGCCGGGAGAAUCACUACUGCCCGCUGGCCAGCGACUCCUGCCUGCUGUGUGACUGCUACCCCACGGGCUCCCUGGCGCGGCUCUGCGACCCCGAGACAGGACAGUGCCAAUGCAAGCCAGGCGUCAUCGGGCGACGCUGCGACCGCUGUGACAACCCCUUUGCCGAGGUCACCGCCAACGGCUGCGAAGUGAAUUACGACAGCUGCCCCCGUGCCAUUGAAGCCAACAUCUGGUGGCCCCGCACCCGCUUUGGGCUGCCCGCCGCAUCACCCUGCCCCCGAGGAUCCUUGGGCACUGCGGUGCGGCACUGUGAUGAGCACAAGGGCUGGCUGGCUCCCAACCUCUUCAACUGCACCUCGCUGCCCUUCGCCCAGCUCCAGAGCCUGGCGGAGCGGCUGCUGCGGAACGAGUCGCUCCUGGACCUGGGGCUGGUGCAGCGGAUGGCCCUGCAGCUGCACAAUGCCACCCAGCACACAACCAGCUACUUCGGCAGCGACGUGCGGGUGGCGUACCAGCUCUGUGCCCGCCUCCUGCAGCACGAGAGCCACCAGCAAGGCUUCGGCCUGGCUGCCACACAGGACGUCCACUUCACCGAGAACCUGCUGCAGGUGGGCAGUGCCCUGCUGGGCCCCAGCAACAAGCGCCACUGGGAGCUGAUCCAGCAGACGGAGGGCGGCACGGCCUGGCUGCUGAAGUGCUAUGAGGAUUACGCCAGCACCCUGGCCCAGAACCUGCGCCAGACCUACCUGAGCCCCUUCACCCUCGUCACGCCCAACAUCGUCAUCUCCGUAGUGCGGCUGGACAAGGGGAACUUCGCUGGCGCCAAGCUACCCCACUACGAGGCGCUGCGGGGCGAGAAGCCCGUGGACCUGGAAACCACCGUCAUCCUCCCCGAAACCGUCUUCCGGGCGCCUGAGGGCAAAGACCCGCUCAUGGUCAGCGCCAAGCUGCCCCCCAGCUCCGCAGAGGAGGAGGAGGAGCCGGCGCUGGUGACCCGGCACAAGAGGCAUCCGGAGCUGAGUGAGGGCCAGGCCGUGGCCAGUGUCAUUAUCUACCGCACCCUGGCAGGGCUGCUGCCAGAGCAGUACGACACGGACAAGCGGAGCCUGCGGGUCCCCAAACGGCCCAUCAUCAACACGCCGGUGGUGAGCAUCAUGGUGCACGACGAGGAGCAGCGGGGGCCGCGGGCACUGGAGAAGCCCAUCACCGUGCAGUUCCGGCUGCUGGAGAUGGAGGAGCGCUCCAAGCCCAUCUGCGUCUUCUGGAACCACUCCAUACUGCCUGGUGGGGUGGGCGGCUGGUCGGCCAGGGGCUGUGAGCUGGUCUUCAGGAACCAGAGCCACGUCAGCUGCCAGUGCAGCCACAUGACCAGCUUCGCCGUGCUGAUGGACAUCUCCAGGAGAGAGAACGGGGAGAUCCUGCCGCUGCAGACCAUCACCUAUGCCUCCGUGGCCGUGACGCUGGGCAGCCUCCUGCUCACCUUCCUGGUGCUGGCCGGCCCGCGGGCCCUACGUGGCAACCAGCACAGCAUCCGCAAGAACACCGCCACUGCCCUCUUCCUCGCCGAGCUCGUCUUCCUGCUGGGCAUCAACCAGGCCGACGUCCCCUUUGCCUGCACCGUGAUCGCCAUCCUGCUGCACUUCUUCUACAUGUGCACCUUCGCCUGGCUCCUGCUGGAAGCGCUGCACCUCUACCGCAUGCUGACCGAGGUGCGGGACAUCAACCACAGCCCCAUGCGCUUCUACUACAUGGUGGGCUGGGGCGUGCCAGCCUUCAUCACAGGACUGGCCGUGGGGCUGGACCCUGAGGGCUACGGGAACCCCGAUUUCUGCUGGCUCUCCAUCUAUGACACGCUGGUCUGGAGCUUCGCCGGGCCCAUCGCCUUCGCUGUCUCAACGAGCGUCUUCCUCCAUGUCCUGGCCACCAAAGCCGCCUGCCUGGCCCAGGAGCGGGGCUUCGAGAAGAGGGGCCCAGUGUCGGGGCUGCGGGCGGCAUUCCUGGUGCUGCUACUGGUUAGCGCCACGUGGCUCCUGGCCCUGCUCUCCGUCAACAGCGACGCCAUCCUCUUCCACUACCUCUUCGCCGGCUUCAACUGCCUCCAGGGUCCCUUCAUCUUCCUCGCCUGCAUUGUCUUCAGCAAGGACGUGAGGAAGGCUCUGAAGUUCAGCUGCAGCAAGAAGCACAGCACAGACCCCGCACUCACCACCAAAUCCACCCUGACAGCGGCCUACAACUGCAACAAUACAUAUGUGGCCGGCCGGCUGUACCACAUGCCCUUCGGCGCGUCCACGGGCUCCCUGCACAGCACCGUGCACUCAGGCAAGAGCCAGCACAGCUACCUCCCCUUCGUGCUCAGGGAGGAGUCUGGGCUGAAGAGCUGCCAGGCGCCCAGCGGGCAGACGGACCCCGGCGCCCUCUUCCUGGCGGCCAAGGACCAGCCGAACGAGCACGACACGGACUCGGACAGCGACCUGUCCCUGGAGGACGACCAGAGCGGCUCCUAUGCCUCCACCCACUCCUCGGACAGCGCGGAGGACGAGGCGUUCCCGGGGGAGCCCUGCUGGGAGAACCUGCUGGGCCCCCCCAGCGAGAAGCUGCCGCCACACAGCGCCCCCAAAGCGGAUAACGUGCCGGCCCACGGCAAGCCCUACUGGCCGGGGGAGUUUGUGACCACGGCCAGCGAGAGUGACGGGCACACCGGCCCCGAGAUGCUGCGGGUGGAGCCAGCCGCGGGACAGGUGCGGCUGGGACCCCCAGAGGAGGCACCCAGGGAGAACGGGGAGGCCCUGGACAAGAACGUGCCGGUUCCGCUGCCCAACCCUGCUGCCCAGCCCCAGAGAGGGAUCCUGAAGAAGAAGUGCCUCCCUACCAUCAGCGAGAACAGCCUCCGCCAUGUGCCCAGCGAGCUCUCAGCCCGCCCGCCGGGCACGGUGGCAUCACACGGCUCCUCGACGGGCAGCGAGGGCAGCCGGGGGGGCAGGGUGCUGCCACGGCCCCGCCAGACGCUGCAGGAGCAGCUCAACGGGGUGACACCCAUCACCAUGAGCAUCAAGGCCGGCACGGUGGACGAGGACUCCUCCGGCUCCGAAUUUCUGUUCUUUAAUUUCCUCCAUUAACAUGUGCGCCACGUGGCUCUGCCGCCCGCCUGGCCAGCCUGCCGGGGGCCCGGCCCAGCUGCUCAUGACCAUACGUCUGUGUGUUUGUUCCCCCCUCUCGGUGUGUGUCUGAUCACUGAGCAGGAGCGACGAGACCUCCAUCUGAGCAGGCCCCCGGGGCCCAGCCGACGCGGCCCCUCUACCCCGGGGGCCAGCCACCAGCCAAUGGGGACCAGCUGCCAGCCGCCAGGGUCCCUCUGCGUUGGGGCCAGCUGCCAACCGACAGGGCCCCUCUGCCCCGGGAACCAGCUCAUCCGGACCCUCCAUCCUCGGGACCAGCCGCCAGCCAAUGGGGACCCUCCAUCCUGGGGACCAGCUGCCGGGGCUCCCGCCUGGAGCACAAGCUGCAUCGCCCCACGCUCUUGCCAGGUGCCCCACUGACCCUUCAACGAGGAGCGAAAGGACCCAGGGCGCCGCCUUGACCCGCCGGGUUUUUGUGCCCAGUGCAGUCCCCUGCUGGCCAGUGCUGAGCAGGGUGGGGGCCUGGACCAUGGACGUACUUAACAGCUGCACUUCGGCUCCUGGCAAAUGCGCUGGGCCCCACGCUGGCCCCGCCCCAGCUGCAGGCAGGCGGCUGGCCGGACAGUCACUGUGCAGAGCCACUAGCGUGGCCCCUCAGCCCUGCAGGCACGGUCUCGAUUGCCACUGGGCCCCUGGGCUAGUUGCCCCUAUUCCCCAUGGGCACCACUGCCCUGCUGAGGGGUAGUCCCCCACAGCCCCUAAAACAGCCCCGGGUUGGCCAUUGCCAUGUGGGGCUGCCUGGCAGAGGGCCAAGUGCCCCCAGCGCCUCUGGCCCAGACCCCAAGGAUCUCACCAUGGGCCCCCAUGAGGUGGGGGGCUGGGCUGGCCCCACAGUGAACCAGCCCCAUGCCUGAACACGCUGCCAUGGUGGUGCUGGGCCUGAAACGUGCCCUUGUCUCCAGCGCUGUGUCCCCAGCACGCUCUGCCUCUGCUGUGCCGCACGACGCCCCGGGGCUCGGGGCAGGGCCCCUGGGGCAGCCGGGUGAGGGCCCCGUUCUGCACCCAUGGCAAGCGACAGCAGCAGUCUCCAGCUGGGGGGGGGAGGAUGGGCCAGGUGCCCAUGGGGUGGGGGGGCCGUCCCAGGAAAGAUGCUCCUGGACUGCUAUGGGCUCAAGCCCUUAAAGCCAGCUACACUGGCAGGGUUGCCAAGCCCCCACUGGCAGCGCCAGGCCCUUAGCCAAGGCUGAUGGGGGGGGGCGGGGGGAGAGACCCCUGCAGCUGUGUGGGCCAGGCUGUGAUUAUUCUGUACAAUCCCCCCCACCCCGCACACACACACCACAAAGGGGGAGGGCUAACCCCCCCGAUGCUGAGUGAAUGAGGGGCUCCUGUGCCACUGGGCAAGGGCCCUGCCACACCUGCCUUUCUGCCUCAAAGCCUUUGUUUUCUAGGCCCCCCCCGGCCAGUGCUGGCCCAGGUGGCACCCACCAGGGCUUUUGGAAAGUGCUUUUUGAUGUGCGUCCCCAGCCCCUGGGCCAUGGCCGGCCUGUGCCUGCUGCAGGUAGAUGGGGAGGUGUUGCGCAGGGGGACGGGACACCGCUGGGGACUCUGGUGUAAUUGUCAAUUUGAUGGCGCUUGCUGGACGCUUUUUUAUUUAAAAAACCAGCCUGACCCCGGCCGCAUGCUGCAGCAUCAUUCCGCAGCGGGGUUUGAGCCGGUGCAGCAGGGUGGGGGUGAGGGGAAUCUGGGGGCAUCCAGUGUAGGACACUGCUCUCUGAGGACAGGCACUCAGCCCCUCCCAAGCUGCACAAAGGACCCCCAACCUGCCGGGCGCUCGCCACGGUGCCCAGGACAGCAGGGGUCUGUGGGUUUGAACCCUUCCUGGGGUUUUCUUUGUAAAGCUGCAACUUGGUCCUGCUGCUGGUAAAAUCCCCCAUGCCCCAUCUAGGCCCCCCAUACUCACCGAGCCAGGUCCCGGGUCCCCCGGCAGGUGCUGAAGGGCAGAGCUGUUGGGGGUCUCAGGAGGGGCACGGUACCACCAAUGGGGGCUGGAGAAUCAUAUAUUGAUGGGGGAGAGGUGAGAAUCCCACCAUCACACCUCAUGGGGCUUACCAGCCCCAUGGCUGGGCUGGGCAGGAGCUGGUCUGGGUGUAGUUGGGCAGGACCCAACCACCAGGCGUAAGGGGGAGCUGUCCUGUGCCGUGAGACCAGCCAGGCCCCACCCCGGGCUGGGGGUGUUAUCCUUGUGCACUGCCCCACAGACCCCCUCACUUGGACCCCACAUUUGCUCAGCCCUGCCUCCCACCAAGAACAUGCUGUGCAGGGGGGCAGGGACAGGCCCAGCCGAUGGCUGGCUCCAUGCUGGUUUUGUGGGCCCCUGGGCUGGAGCAGGCUGCAGCUGCCCCUUGCCGGGUCUGAGUUUUGUUUGUGAAGAGCAGCUGAGCCCCGACUUGUGGCCUCCUGCGUGAAUCCAUGUGGUCCGGGGCCAGCUGGGCAAAGCUGUGGCAGGAGCGACCGCUGGGCUCUGGCACUAACCCCAUGAGCUCUGGGCAGACGCAUGCACUGGGCUGGCUGCUCGCUGCCCUCGGCUCCUGGACGCCCACUGUGGGGGGCAGGCGGGUAGCUGAGGAUCUGGGACGCACAGACGCAGCCUCAGCCGGUGUAAAUGCCUACCCUCACCUCUGUGUCACCAAAGCCCUGCAUCAGCUGGACCCAGGCUCUCGCUGAGUGGGCGCAGGCCUGGCCAGGCACCUGGCUGCCAGAACCCCCUGCGAGGCGCGGGGCCCACUAGGGUGAUCCAGUUCCGCCGAGGGUGCAGCCCAGGUGGGUUGUUUUACCGCAGGACUCGGCCUUUGUGUCAGUUCAAACCCAAGAGCUGGCCUGGCGGAGAGGCCACUUUGGCCAAUGCUGAAGCUUCUCCCCUGCCCGGGGAGGGCGCAGCCCGGCAGCCCCUGGAAGGGCCAGAGCAAAGGCAGGGUCCUUGGGUUCUGUUCCCAGCUCUGCAGGGAAGUGGGGUCCAGAGGGUUGAGUUUGGGGCAGGGUCUUAGGAGCCAGGACUCCUGGGUUCUGUUCCCCCCUCUGCUACUGGCUUGCUGGGUGACCUUGGGAGUGUCACACUAGGUCUGAUACAGAUCACUGACUCCCAUGGAAAGACCCCACUGGCCCUGCUCAGGGCCCCGCUGCCUGGCUCCCCAUGGGGCUGUGUGCAGAGCACCUGGAGGCCCCGAGCUGCCCCGAGAUCACGUCAGGGUGUGGGCAGGGAGCUGGAGCAGCAGCGCCCCCAAGGCUCAGGAGGGUUCCUAGAACCUGCUGGGGGCCUAAGCUCAUCGGGCUUGAACUUGCUUCCCUGCCCGGGCUGGCAGGCGACAGUCACACAGGAGCUGCUCUGCUCGCGGGAGCACGUGUGCCAGGUGACCAGCCCCAGGGUUCAGCGCAGCCCCAGCAGCUCCCUUCCUGCAGUAAUGCCCUGGGCCCGACUCUCCCAGGCCUGCAGAGGGCGGUUACGCUGCAAGGAAAGGGAGCCAGAGCCCAGCUCCCACACCUGGCUGGCCAGGAAGGGCCUCUCCAUGGGGCUGGACUCUGCUUGCCAGGGCCCUGCUCAGCUUGUGUGUUCUCGCCCUGCCGCUGCCUUGUAGGAAAGAGACCAGCAGCCGCCCCGUUUGUUUAAAAAUAGUGUAUGAGAGAGAGUCGGGUACAGAGCCGACCCCUCCGGCAAGGGUUCGUGUUUCAAUGCCCACAAACAGAGUACAAAAACAGCUCCUCUUAACAACACUAAUGCCAGGGAGCUGGGUCCAGCUGCCCCACAGGGCUCAGUUCACAGCAUUUCAGUGCCACACCAAGGCCAGCUUUUGCAGACCCACCUGAAGCAUGGGGGAGGGGAAAGGGGAGAUUAUCUGAACCGCUGGGAACCUGCAGCCCCUCUGAAGAUCGGGCCCCAGGUGGCUCCAGCUGGCUCCCAAGAACAGCUGCUUUCAGCUCAGAUACUACCUCCUGGGGCCUCUCCGAGGCUCAGGCCCCACUUACAGAGCCUGGGGGGUGCUGCUGCGCCGCCCAAGAGGGUCUUGUCUAACACAAGAUCCUAGUCCCCCCCCAAGAAUCCAGAGCAGAGCAAAGGGACAUUCCCAGCUGUGCUGCCCUCUGGGGACGGGGGAAGGAGCCCAAAGCACGUGAUCCCAGUGGGGUUCUUUGCUCAGGCUGAAGGUAGGCUGACGGGUUGCGGGUCAGCUUCAUGGCACGCGGUGGGAGUGCUGGAGGGGGAAGGGUUAAUGUUACAAUAGAGGGAAUGGAGGUAGCUACUGCAGCUGAUGGAGAGACACCAGUUUACACCAGCUGAGGAUCUGGCCCAGCUUUCACAGAUUUGUUUCACACACACACACACACACACACACGCGCGGAUGUUUUGCUGGGUUGGUAAAAAUAACAAUGACCUGGGGCCAGAUUCUGCCGCCCGCUGGAUUUUCAUCCCCACGCUGGGACCUUUAUGCCCGUGCAAUGUAACGUAAAGGGAACAAGGCCCUUGGGGCGGGAAGGAUGAUCCAGCCCCACUGCAAUCCUGGAGACGUGCUCAGAGGAAGGAGCCCACAGCGGGAGCAAAGGCAGCCCUGGAAACCCAGCUCAUUUGUGGGCCUAAGCUGCCCGCCAGGGCCAGCUGCCCAGAGCCCGCUCCUCUGUCCGCCAAAAACAAUGUUGUCAGACACUCGAGUUUUCAGCUACAGGAAUUUGGGGUGAAGUGUCUAAUUUCCAAAUAAAUUUUCCAGUUUUUGUUGAAAAACUCA